UCAAACGAUCUCCCUCCUUGGAGCGCUCGAUCGAGCAGAGCAGCAAUGGCGGCCUUCCUCCCCAUCGCCGUCCUCGUGUCCCUCCUCGCCGCCGGCGCCACGGCCGACGGCUACGGCGGCAGCCCCAGCCCCUCGACACCGGCGCCCUACACCCCGCCGCCCGCCACGCCGAAGCCCGCGCCGUACACCCCACCGCCGGCGCCCGCCGCCCACGGCGACGGGAAGAAGCUGGUGGUGGUGCGCGUGGAGGGCAUGGUGCUGUGCCAGAGCUGCGCGCAGCGGGGCUCGCAGAGCCUCGACGGCGCGGCGCCGCUGCCGGGGGCCAAGGUGACGGUCACCUGCCGUGACAAGAAGAACCGCGUCAUGUCGUGGCGGUCCCCGGCCGCCGACUACAACGGCUACUUCCACGCGGAGUUCGGCGUCGAGCGCGCCGGCGACUACUUCGGCGGGGACCCCCGCGCCGCCUGCUUCGUGCGCCUGCUCUCGUCGCCGGACGCCAAGUGCAACGGCGUCACCAACAUCGGCGGCGGCAUGGAGGGCGCGCGGAUCCGCGACGAGGGCAAGCGGUGGACCGACCAGCGCGGCAUCGAGAACGUCGUGUACGCCGCCGGCCCGCUCGCGUUCAGGCCGGCGGUGUGCGCGCCCACGCGCCACUACUGAGCGUCGAGAGAGCAGCGUGACACGCCAUUGAUGAUGAGCACGCGUGGGAACCCCGCCAUUGAUUAUUGAUGCGGGAAAUAUAAUGUGAUUCGUGUGUCGUUCCGAGGGUGAUUUCCAGUCUUUUCUUCUGUUUUCGUUGGUGUCGUUUGUGUGCAGCAUGACAUUCUGUGUAAACUAAUUUUGAUUUAUUGGUAUGUGAGAAAAUCUUAAUUUUUAA